AAACCAUCCAAGACUUAAUCGAAAAACUGGCACCCGAAAACAAUAUGACAGCUGAUGAAUACAUUACUGUGGAUUCAACAUUGAAAACUGACGGAAUGCUGGAUGACGAGGAUAUAAUCGCCUUGGUCCGUGGUGAUGAAAAUGAGGAGAAUGACGACGACGAAUGCCAAGUUGUUGACUCUAGAGUAACAACUAAAGAAGCUAUCGAUUCGAUUGACAAAUUAAUAAGUUUUUUUAACAAAUGCCGAAGGGAAAUUUGA